AUGCCACGACACACCAUCACCAUACAUCCAGGCGGCGAGAGUUCUCGCUCAACUUCAUAUCACAGCGAAGGGGAAUCGUCUCGUCACGACGCCGACUUCUCCGGAGCCGACGACGAGGGCGAGUGGUACGACGAGGAGGAGGACCUUCAACCCUCUGAUUCAGCUUCCGCUAGUAACGACUUGCAACAUUCACGCCCCCGCGCCGCCGUAAGAACAACACCGCGUCGCCACCGAGUAGCUCGACCCCCUCCCCAGGAAUAUCCUCCGGUGCCAUCACACGCACCGAUUCCGCCGCCCAGCGUGGAUCCCACAGAGGAGUUCGGCCAUUACGGCCAUGGCUUUCAGCCUCACCAUGCUGCUCGCGGUGGUUACUAUGGCGCACGGGGCCAACACCUGGCCUACCAACAGCAGCAGGGUCAUUAUAUGGGAGGAUAUCCAGGCGGCAAUCAAAUGGUCCCCUAUGCCGGGUAUGGCCCAAACCCAUUCACACCUAUGAGUAACACCCCUAGCGGUGCUAGUUAUUUUGGAGGCGAAUCAAGAAUGUAUGAUAUGAUGCCAUAUCAACAGCCAGGGUACUAUCCACCACAGUAUCAUCUGCCAGCCCAGCUACAGCAAUUUCAUAUCGCUCCGCCCCCGCCUCCCGCCACCGAAGCUCCCGCGCAGGCUCCGACCCCUCCCAAGGAACAGCCUCCUGAUCCAGAAAAGAUUAAACUAGAGGCGGAACUUGCUGCAUUCAAGGCACAAGAACAGAAGGCAAAGGCGGCCGCAGAACAGCUUGAAAGGGAGGCCCAGAUUCGUAAAGAGGCCGAAGAGGCGAUUCAGCGCAAGAUGGACGAAAUGAAGAAAGCGCAGGAGGAAGCUCGGAUAGAGAUUCAGCGUGCCAGAGAAGAAGCCGAGAAAACCGCCAAGGAAAAGAUUGAGGCAGACCGCAAAGCUGAAGAACUGCGACAGAAGGCGUAUGCCGAGGACAUGAAGCGAGCCGAGGAGAAUGCGAGGAUAAAGUUUGAAGCCGAACGUAAAGCCGAUGAGGACCGCAGGAAGCAAGCAGAGGAGGAUCGCAAAAGAGCCGAAGAGGCUGCAAGGAUCCAAGUGGAGGCUGCAAUCAAGGCUGAAGCUGCUGCAAGGGAGGCUGCAGAGAAGAAAGCUGCUGAAGAGGCAGCGAGGAUCAAGCUGGCGCAGGAAGAGGCAAGCCGCAAGGCGGAAAUGGACCUUCUCAAGAAGAUCGAUGAAGAAAGGGAGAAGGCGAAGAAGGCUGCCGAAGCUGCAGAGGCGGCCAAAAACGAGCAAGAGGCCUUGAAGAAACGAAUUGAAGAGGAAACUAAAGCAAGCGUACAAGCUGAAAUGAGGAAGAAGAUGGAAGAGGAAGCUGAGAAAGCAAAGAAGGCUGCUGAAGCUGCAGAGGUGGCCAAAAACGAGCAAGAGGCUCUGAAGAAACGUAUCGAAGAGGAAACCAAGGCCGCCUUGGAAGCAGAAAAAAAGAAGAAUGAGAAGGCUCCUAUCAAAUUCAAGGACGCGGUAGGCAGAAAAUUCAACUUUCCUUUUCAUCUCUGCGCUACAUGGCAGGGUAUGGAAGAACUCAUCAAGCAAGCCUUUCAACAAGUUGAUGUUCUUGGGCCACACGUCCAGCAGGGUCGUUAUGACCUGACUGGACCGAGCGGAGAAAUCAUUCUGCCUUCCGUUUGGGACAAGGUUGUUCAACCGGACUGGAGCAUCACAAUGACUAUGUGGCCAAUGGACGCAAAUAAGCCGCCUGCACCGAAAAUACCAGGGAUGGAUGUUCCACCCACAGCCGGUAGACGACAAGGUGUUAACCCCAUCCCAGUGCCGCCGAUGGCAGCCCCCCCAGGCCACCGGCAAGGUAUGCCGCCCGGUGUCGGUAUGGUACCACCGGCCGGUUGGCCAAAUAGCGGUCGACGAGGUGGUGUCCCCAAUGUUGUGACUGUCACUCCUCGUCCUGGACCCUCCAAGUCUUCAAAACAUCAUAGAUCAAGAGAACCCACAUUGCUGGCGUUUUUACAGGGUGGGCAUGGUAAAAAGAGGUGA